CCUUGUUCCGACUUUAGUAUGAGACAGUUAAGUCUUUCGCCUCUGCUCCUUCUGACCUACGCAGGCGUGUCGUUUUCGCUGCAUCCGACCCUGCUGCCAGCGAGAACGAGGAGGUCUGCUUUCAAGUUUCGGACGACCGCGCCGAUCCCGGUGCAACACUUUUCUCGUAUAUCGCUCUCCGCUACCGACGACGACGACCAAAGUGCAGAGUCUCCAGACAAAAGUGGUGAAGCUACACCAAUCGACGUCGAUCAGGAUGAUCGACUCUACCGAAUUCGUUUACCGCGGGCUGCGGGGAUCGAGUGGGGCACGGACCUUUCCUUCGCCUUUGUCUACGUCCGUGGCCUCGAACCAGCACAGCCCGCCGACAUUGCCGGCGUGGAAGUGCGGGACCAACUGUGUGAACUCCAGGCGGUACAAGAGGGGUCGUCGCCGGUACCAUUGAUUGGCGCGCCUUUCGACUACGUCAUGGAGGCCUUUGCGACACUCGACAAGACCGUAACGACGGUGGAUCUCGUCUUUUUCCGAGGGGCCAAGGAGGAGCUCAAGGCCCUCUGCGCGGGAACGGCAGUCACGAAAGAGCCGGAAACGAUUACGGUCACGGUGAUUGAAAAUAAGGGAGCGAAUAACGAAAGGAAACGUACUCUCACGGCGCCGGUCGGCGUCAACGUCCGUGAACUCUGUGUAGACAACGGCAUCAACGUCUACCAGAGUGUCACGCGCUGGACCAACUGCAAAGGCAAGCAGCUUUGUGGUACUUGCAUCGUUAACGUCUCGGACGGAGCUAUCCAAACAAACCGCAAAAGCAUGGACGAAGAUUCCACUUUACGGGAAAACCCCGACUCCUAUCGGCUUUCCUGCGUGACCUUUGCCUACGGUGAUGUAACGAUCGAAACGUUCCCGCCGGUCCAAGCGUCACAGUGGACGCGGUAGCUAUUCGGAAUCGAGUUCAUGCGAGCAACUUUUGCUGCGAAUCGCCCAUACUAUCGAUUUACUCGAAAAUGACUUGACGAAAGAUAGAUUAUGAUAGAAAGAACCCGGACUUUUUUCGUAGUCCCGAUGCUGAUAAUGAACCAUUUGCGCUU